ACUUGUAGGAUGCAGUAGCUGAGGACCCCUCGUGUGAUGCCCCCCCACAGUGCGUCGCUAUGUCUGUACACGGUCCUGACCUUAGCCUGCUGCUGUUCUGCUACGUCCUCCACAUAACCGGAACCACGGCUGGUGCCUCCGUUAGGUCUGACAAUAUUACCGCCACGGCCGGAAGCGAUGUUACCCUGAGAUGUGAGCUCCUCCUGGGGGACACCAAAGUCACGCAGGUGAACUGGAACUUCUGCAACGACGUCCACAUUGCGUUUCAUGUGAAUAACUAUAAAGUUGAAGGUAAAGUGCUCGAGGAAUUCUCAGACCGGAUGUCCCUGGCAAAGGAUUAUGGGAUUACAAUAUCUAACGUGAAUGGCAACGACACUAGACUGUACUGCUGCAUCUACAACACCUUCCCACGUGGCAAGUUCACUGGGAAGAUUUAUCUUCAGGUUCUAGCAGAUGGCUUCCCAUGGACACAUGGACUUUAUCUUGGGGUUGUCAUGGGAUUUGGAAUCCUCCUUCUGGUCAGUGGGAGCGUUGGAAUUUUCUGCUACCGGCGGAAAUCAAGAGGAAUCCAGUCUAGUGCAAGACCAAUGUCAACACCAGCUGCAGGCUCAGCAAUGCCAAGCUCAAUACUAACCAUACGAACAGCUGAGGAGGACGUGGAUGACAGUCAUUCACAAGAUUACUUUAAUGUCAUUCUCUAUAAAGACAUCUACACUAUAUAAAAGUCUGGAAAUGUGGGAUGGUUUCUGUACAAACAUUGUAGGACUAUUCAAUGUUGUUUUUAAAGUCCAAAUUCAAAUUAUAUUCCUAUUGCUUUAUAGAUUGG